AGGGUAAAAAUGGAAGUACGUUGACUAUAUAAGCACCACCCCCGCUCUUGUUCAUUUCAUAUCGUUGAUCUUCUCUAUCUCUCUCUUGUUCGAAUUAGUCACAAGGUCGGUCGUCUUCAUUUCUCUCCGCAGACGACGACUGUAAUAACUUGUCAGGUUGUCAGUUAGACAAGGAAAAUGGUGAAGAUCUGUUGCAUUGGAGCUGGAUAUGUCGGUGGUCCGACAAUGGCAGUCAUCGCACUUAAAUGCCCCGAUAUUGAAGUGGCAGUGGUCGAUAUCUCUGUCUCCCGUAUCAAUGCCUGGAACAGUGAUCAGCUUCCUAUCUAUGAGCCUGGCCUUGAUGGUGUUGUUAAGCAGUGCCGAGGUAAGAACCUUUUCUUCAGCACUGAUGUUGAGAAACAUGUAAGGGAAGCCGAUAUAGUCUUUGUUUCUGUCAAUACCCCAACAAAGACAAGGGGUCUUGGAGCUGGCAAAGCAGCAGAUCUGACAUACUGGGAGAGUGCUGCCCGUAUGAUUGCUGAUGUAUCGAAAUCUGACAAGAUUGUUGUUGAGAAGUCAACUGUCCCAGUUAAGACUGCUGAGGCUAUCGAAAAAAUCUUGACCCACAAUAGCAAGGGAAUCAAAUUCCAGAUUCUCUCAAACCCGGAAUUCCUUGCAGAGGGAACUGCAAUCCAAGAUCUUUUCAACCCAGAUCGCGUGCUUAUUGGAGGCCGGGAGACCCCAGAAGGCCUCAAAGCUGUCCAGACAUUGAAGGAUGUCUAUGCUCACUGGGUUCCAGAGGAUAGAAUUCUGACCACCAAUCUCUGGUCUGCUGAGCUUUCCAAGCUUGCGGCCAAUGCCUUUUUGGCCCAGAGGAUAUCAUCUGUUAAUGCCAUGUCUGCACUCUGUGAAGCAACUGGUGCUGAUGUCACC